UGGGGUUUGAGAGUAACAAGAUGGCUGCGCCCAGGAAACUUGAAAAAUUUUGUUUCCCACAAGAUUUACAAUAUAUUGGAACUCGAGGACAAGGACAUUCUGCCAGCUCUCAGAAAGUUUGUGUAGUAGCUGUAGUGGGAAAGACGGGUCUCAAUGCUCACACAGGGAAAGCUACCCCACUUAAUCAAGUGUUUGAUAAACAGAUAUUUCAGAGUUUAGCACAACAAGACCUGAAUAUUGAUACAGAAAUGUGCACAAUAGAAGGCCACCUUGAUGAGAGCCAGCAGGUUCUCUUCCUUCACCUGCUGUCUGGGUAUGACACAUACAUAUUGGCUGAUAUGUGUGAGAAGGCCAGCGAUACACUCAACACAAAGGGAUAUAACACAUUUUGGCAACAAGAGGACCACCAACAUGCCAGAGCUCUACUGUUUUUAUUCUCUGUUUCACACAUUAUAAUGCUAGUGAAUGCUGGUCAGUCAUUUGAUGUCAGCUAUGUGAGGCUUUUUAGGACUCUAGACAGUAUCAGACAAAAGCUCCUCCCCUCUGUGACGGACAUUUUGAAGGCAUUUCCUGUCUCCAAGGACUGGAUGAUGUCAGGGAGGUUGUGCUCCCCUAGAGUCCUGUUUGUAUUUGACAAAUGCACCAUAGCUGAGGAGAGGGUAGAGGACAGAAGCAGGGGACAGGAGAUAGCAAGUAUCAAGAAACUUCAGCAUGCAAUUGAAGAUCAAAUCUACAGGGUGCUACGGAAAUCUAGAGUGAUCACGAAUAUCAGCAACAAUUCUCUGUUUGCAGUGCCAGCCAAUCAGGAGUUUGUUUUUGUUCAGACCCCCCAUGGAGUAAUGGACGAUCCCGCUAGCUUUUAUAUGAAUUUACUCAAGGACAACUGUACUGUCACUAGGGACUCUGAGAGCCCCAGGACCAGAAGUUACCAAAUGUUAAGACGCUGUAACAUGAACAACAACUCUUCUGCAGCUAACAACAGCAGUAGCACCAGUGCAGUGUCACAUCGCAGCAGUAGCAGUGGCAGUCACAGUUUUAAGGAGUUCCUGACGCAGCAUAUAGAGCUGGCGCUAACCAAGGGGUUCAAUGAUAAUGUGGGCAGAAACCCUGUGCCGGCGUUGUUUGAGCUCCCCACUAUUAAUAUGUGGCUGAGGGUGGCGUCAAAGCUGUACGAGUUCUUCACCAUUGAUCAGAAAGACACAAAGGUCCGACCCCACUUUAACACGCUCAAGUCUCUCCUGGAGAUAGACACCAGAUUCUCUGAUGGGCGCUGCAGUAAGGUGAUACCAGUUGCUGAGACCACUUACCAAGAGGGAUUGCCCAAACACUACACCAGAGCCGUUCACUUGGCAAAGUUAUCACAAGCCAAGCGGGUGUUCGCGCAACACGCACGUGGUCCAGCAUUCGACAAGUACCUGCAGCAGCUGGAAGAAGAAUGCGAGAAGAUUUGGAAGAACGGUAGACAACUCUGCGAACAUGUGAGCCUCACUGGAAGUCCAUGCAUCCAUGAGCUUCACAGGCUCCCCAGCAGUGAGGAGACCCCAGAAAACAGCCACCUGCCAGUCAAGUCCCACUCUAGUCAAGUCAAGACCAGGGCUGCAUGUAACUGCGGCCAGAAACAGGGUGACAGGGACGACCCUUUUGACCAGAAGUCGGCAAACUACACUUUUUACCAAAACCUUGAGCGCCAGUGUUGUGAGAAGUUGCAGCACCAUCAUUUCCCAGCAUACCAUGCAGCACCACAAGAGGACGCCACUGCACAGGCUUCAGCAGAAGAUGUGCCAAGACAAGACAAUCCCAAUCUUGAGCCAGUGAUAGCAGCUUUGGGAAAUCUCAGUCUGCCACAUAGUUCUGAGCAAUCACUGGAGGUGGAUGACCUCUUUCCGACUGGUGAGCGGCUUUCACAGCAGCCGUCUCAGCUGCAGCCGCCAUUAUUAGAGGGAAACUCCACGUCACAACAGGUGCCAGAAGAUCCAGCUAUAGUAGAGAUAGGAACUGUUUCAUCAGUGAAAACCUCAGACAGAGAGGGCCUGACAGAGAAGUUGAACGCAGACUUCCUGACUGGGAUGCUGCACAGUUGCUCUCCCCCUGGGGUCCUUCCCAAAUACCCGGCCUGGUCACUGGUGUGUCUGGCAACUUACAGCUCCUACUCACCUGUCACAGGUAUUGACCAGCCAGGAUUCAUGCAUGGCAGCAACUACCUUCUACCCUGGGACAUCCUGGUGAAGGGGGACAGGGAAAAGUGGCCCGCCAUUAACGAGGCACCAGGGGGGAAGAAGGGGAAGAAUAAACGAGGGCAGAAGAGCAUACCAGAACCCGCAGAGAUCAACAUGAAGGUUUACCUUGGACUAGAGUACGAGUGUCCCAGAGGUCACAGGUUUUUCUGCAGUGGCCCUGAGAAGAUCAUCAAGGUGCCUGGGAGUGGGCCCCCAAAGGACAAUGCCAACAAGCUUCUGAGUAAUGACAUGCCACUGUACUUUCCAUGUCACUGUAGGAGUUCCAAAGGUCUGAUGGCACAGUUGAUGAGAAUAUACAUAGCCACACCUGAAGGCCCUACCAACAUCUCUAUCAAUCCCAGAAUUCAGCCUGCGCCUCUGCCGUGCCCUGUAUUUAUGCCUAGUCAUGAUGGCGCCAUUGUUCUGCCACAGGGAGGAAUAUGGGUGCUGCGGUUACCUUAUGUAUACAUGGGCGAUCAUGGUCCGUACAGGAUUCCAACAGAAGCCAACAACCUGCCAGCUUGUAGGUUACUGAAAGGGAUGUUUGCUUAUACCCAUGGGGAAUGAGGCUACGAACUGGUUCAAAACCCAUAAUGUUAGUGUCCAUUAAAAUCGCCAGUUGACCAUGAUGUGGACUGCGAAUUUAAAAGGCAGUUUGAAAAAUCAUCCAAAUUUGAAGUUAGUUGGUCCAAUGAUACUGGCGAGGCAUUCAUCAAAAUUCCAGCAUCUUAGUCAAAUAUUUUCAGUUUUGACGUGACAUGUUACGAACUGAAUAAAGCUCCAAAGCUCUCUUUUGGGGUCAAAGUUGGUCCAACAGAACCUGAGGAGAAGGAUAUUAUUUUAUAAGCCACGAGUUCUAAGGCUAACAAGAUCAGCAGGGGGGCGGUGUCAAUCUGUUGACCAGUAAACUAAUGAGAUUUUUCUAUGGGAGCCAAAAGUAUCAUUUCUGAGAUCGAUGCUCAGGGUUUCCAGUACCCCAAGCCAUAUUUUCAGACUUUUUCACCAAAUGGCGGUCGCAUCCCUGCUUAAUUAACUGCUAAAAAUAUUUCCCAAGCAA